AUGUUCGCUAGGAGGAAGACCGUUUUCGUUUUCGUCGCCUUUGCUUUCCUUUUCUACUAUUUCCACGGCUCUUCGUCUCCUUAUCGCCUGCCCUAUGGAUCUUCUGGAAAAGCUUCGCCCGCGGUGAAACCCGCCUUCGACUGGGCUAAUGUCACCCACCGUUAUCCCGUCGCGACCAUGGCGUCGAUGCCAUCGUCGGUGGCGCACCCUCCACUGAUUCAGCACCAAUUCGAAAAGGAGGAUGCCUCGGACCGGAAAGUGCGUCUGGAGCGCCAGCAAAAGGUCAAGAAGGAAUUCCUCCACGCCUGGAACGGGUACCGGAAACAUGCCUGGAUGCAUGACGAGCUGCUCCCCAUUUCGGGCGGGGCGCGAGACCCGUUCGGCGGCUGGGCCGCCACCCUUGUAGACUCUCUGGAUACCCUGUGGAUCAUGAACCUGACCGACGAGUUCGACGAGGCCGUCCACGCCGUCAACCAGAUUGAUUUCAGCACGUGCUCACUGGAGGAGAUCAACGUGUUCGAAACCACCAUCCGCUACCUGGGCGGCCUGCUCGCCGCCUACGACCUCAGCGGCGGCCAGUACCCGUCGCUGCUGACGAAGGCCACGGAGCUGGGCCACAUGCUGUACAAGGCCUUCGACACGCCCAACCGCAUGCCCAUCACGCGCUGGAACAUGCGUGCCGCCAUGCAAGACGAGCCGCAGGAGGCCGCCACGGCCGUGCUGGUGGCCGAGAUCGGCUCUCUGACGAUGGAGUUCACGCGCCUCUCGCAGCUGACGGGCGACCUGCGCUGGUUCGACGCGGUGCAGCGCAUCACCGACGUCUUCGAGGCGCAGCAGAUGCACAGCAAGCUGCAAGGCCUGUUCCCGACCGUCGUCAACGCGCGCACCCAGGACUUCUGGAGCACCGACGCCGCGCCAUCCGCGCCCUUCACCAUCGGCGGCAUGGUCGACUCGCUGUACGAGUACUUCCCGAAACAACACCUGCUGCUGCACGGCGCGUCGCGCACGCAGUACCGCAAGCUCUGGCUGCGCGCGUCGAGCCCCAUCCGCGGCCACCUGCUGUACCGCCCCCUCACGCCGGGCAACAAGGACAUCCUGCUCGCAGGCGACGCCCACGUCUCGGGCGGCGACCCCCCCGCCUUCGCGCCGAAAUCCCUGCUGCUCGAGCCCAAGAACCAGCACCUAUCCUGCUUCGCCGGCGGCAUGUUCGCGCUGGCCGGCCGCGCGUUCGGCGUGAGCGACGACGUCGCGACGGGGAAGCGCCUCACCGAGGGGUGCCUGUGGGCGUACGAGGCGGGCGCGCCGCACGGCAUCAUGCCCGAGACCAUGUACACGCUGCCGUGUCCGCAGACGGGGCCCUUUUCCGGCGACGGCUGCGAGUGGGCUGAGGACUGGUGGUUCGACGCCGUCGAGGCGGCGCACAACAACGACGUCAACCGCCAAGCCGGCCAGGCGCCGCAGUUCGCUGAGGAUCUGAUCCAGCGGUUCCAUCUGCGCAAGGGCGUCGCGAAGGUCGCUGAUCCGAGGUAUAUACUCCGCCCUGAGGCUAUCGAGAGCGCCUUCGUCACGUACCGUAUUACUGGCGACGAGCGCUUGCCUGAGCGCGCGUGGCGCAUCUUCGAGAAGAUUAUUAAGAAUACGAAGACGCGCUACGGCCACGCGAGCUUGGAUGACUGCGUGUCUGAAGGGAGGACGAGGCAGGGUGACCGCAUGGAGAGCUUUUGGUUGGCGGAGACGCUGAAGUAUUUCUAUUUGAUGUUUGAGGAGCCCGGCGUGUUGAGUUUGGAUGAGUGGGUUUUCAACACCGAGGCGCAUCCGUUCAGGUGGGCGAAGGGCGGUGCGGGUGGGGUUACUACGGGGCCUUGA